AUGUCAUGCAACGGUAGUGCCUCUAUCACCUCCGCCUGGAGCAGGCGACUCUUGAGUCGGAAUGGUGCUCUCGGCGUGUCGAAGAUCUCACAGCCGUAUCACUUGACGCACGCCCACGCUGUUCUGCCCGUGGUCACGAAAGUGCUAGAGCCAUCUGAGGAUCUAAAGAACACGCACACAUAUAACGAGAAAAAGGUGUCCAAGAGCCCGAAGAGGUAGACUACACCUAAAAAUCCCUGCAGCACCGCCGUAUGCGUGCCCAAAAACUGAACUGCACGUCCGUCCCACCGUUCGACUACAAUAGCAUCACCCCCUCCCUGUCCCACUC